UAGCAAUUAAUUAAAUACAGACUAUACAUAUUCUAGAUCUAGGCCUAAAUAUGCGGUUUUAACUAAACUAAUAGCAAUAUGAAUUUAAUAUAGAAUAUAGAUUAUAUUUUAUAUAUAUCAAAUACUCCUUAUUUAUAUUUGUUAAUAUUAUUAGUAUAUAAUUUCUAUAGCUAGUAUUAUUAGUAUAGUUAUUCAUUUUAAAUCUAUCUAGAUCUAGUUAGUUGUACUCAAAAGAAAAAAGAGACAUUGUCCACGCUUGUGGGGGUAGAUAUAUAUAUAUAUAUAAUUAUACAAUUUACAAUUAGGCCUAUUAAAAAUGAGGUGGCAGUUAUAUAAUGAUGAUCAUAGGUCUAAUCUAGGAGUGUCAUAUCAUUAUGAUUCAAUACUAUAUAUUACUCUUCUGUUUUUUUUAAAUCCAACUUAGAAUAGAUUUUUAAUUUUUUUUUGAUACAAAAAAAGAUAGUGCAUUGAGUAACCCAUUCCAAAAUAUGAAGCAAGUGUUGUUGUCAUUUAUAAAGGUUAUCAUGAAACUCAAGUGUCAGAAGGUGGAGAAGUUGAUUUACACAAACAUAAUAAAGGGUGUGAAAAAAAUCCAGGCCAUACACAGUUUAUACCUGCAAAUUUAUUUGAAAUGAAACAUCUACCUGAUGGCCAUCAGGAAGAAGAUUUGUAUGAACUAAUAAAAGUUAUAGCUGACUUAACAGUUCAUAUUGAAGUGAAAAUGACCAGCAAGCUCAGACCAGAUUGUUGGCCAGGCACUUCUAAUCCCUAUCCUUGCAUUGAGUUGAAAGGAAAAAAGACCAUGCGAUGUGGAAGUGGAAGAGUCACCAGUGCAAUAUUAUGUAAAGACAAAGAAGGUGGAGUGGAUAAACAGUUCACAAAAUGUUGGUGUACAAAGUGCCAAAAAUCUGGCAAACCCAAUGAUUUUUGGUGGGAGUUUUUUGUGGAGACUGCUGCACAUGUGAUAUUUAAUGAAGAGGAGGCCAGUCAUACAAUUCUCAAUUUUUUUUAUGAUUACAACGGAAGUCCCAAAGUUGUCCUUGAUAAAGUUAGUAUAUAUGAACUUUCCACUACAAGAGAUUGGUGCAGACUGAAAUGUGUGACUUGUGAUAUUAAUCUGGGAAGCAGACUUGAACAAAUCUGGACACAUUUUAGUGUUAUAUGGAAAAUAGUGUACAGGAAAUAUCGUGAAUCUCGAGAUGUACACAAAUUAGCUUUUGUUGUGUCACACCCUCAUGGCUGCUCAAAGCAGAUCAGUCUUGGCUGUUGGAGGGAAAUGCAUAAGGUGAAAGAAGACAAGCAAAGAGCUAGUUUUUAUUUUCAUAAAUUUACAUACAGUGUCAGCACAUGUCCAGGAAGUAGUGGGGCACCUGUAUACUGUGUAGGUUACAGUGGAGGAACAUACUCACAUGUUCAUAGUGGGUCAUCUGAAGCUGAUCUGAAUCUAAGUUGUGCUUGUCGAUUUCUAUGAUUUUUAUGUUAUGUGCCUAUUUAAAGAUUAACUAUCUGAAAACUUAGAUAAUUUACGUAUAACUUUCACAUUUGAAUGUUAGUCUUUAGAAAUUUUGUAACAUUGAAAAAUUAGGGUAAAGAGUAAGUUAAGGAAAAUAAAUGCUGUUAAACUUUAAAAAAAAAUUGUAUUUAAAAAAAUAAGGUUUUAGAAAGUUUAUGAAAAAAAAAAACACUUAAAAGGCAGGCUUGUUGAAAUAUUUAAUGCAAUUCAAUUUUAUUACAUUUUCUGAUGCCAAAAAAAAAAGAGAUAUUUAAUAUUGGAUAUCACCUAUUCAAAGUUAUGUGCUGUGAUGUGAAAAAUAAUCAUUAUUGUUGUUAAAAUUUUAUUUUUUAGAGUAGCAUUGUCUCCCCAAAUUACAAGAGAUACACAAAUUCUUGAAGUGCCUAGAUGCCUCUACUUAAACACACCAAAGAAACAAAGAGUUGAAUACAUUUUUCUUGAGUUUAAUACUUUCAAACUCAAUUUGAUAAACAAAUUAUCCAGCGAUGAACAGACAAUUUAAACAUAAAUCACUUAUACAAACAGAAUAAAAACUUUACUGACUUAAUAUUAAUAUUGAAUUAAUAAAGCCUAGUGAAGAUACUGACUAUCAAUAACUAUCCAUCACAAAAUAAUGACACUGACUAAUGAAUUAAAACAAUGACCCUGACAGCUAGCUCUGCAUCCCUUAUAUAGUAUUGGUUUAUGACAUUUCUGAACCCUUUUACCUUAACAUUUCACCUUAACCUUCUAUCUAGUUCUAAAUUCUAAAUAUUCCUAAAUAAAUUUCUUAACUUCAAUAAAGAUCUCCAGAUUGUUCAGUUUUACAAAUACAAAAUGUGAUUCAAUAAUUUGAUCAGCCCUCUUCAGUCUUGCACACUGAGGCUUGACUAAACUCUCUUUUGCAUAGCUUGCACACUGAGGCUUGGCAAUUAUAAUCAAUGUUUUGAAUACAUAUUAUGCAUUCUCUGACAUGAGCAGAUAUGAAUUCAAACAUAUUACAUUAUUAUACUAAACUAAAGAUAUUAAAUUAUUUUAUAUACACAUAUUUAUAAAAAAUACUUUGGAAUUACAUGAAUUCCCUAGACUUUUAGCUCACCUGAUAUCUGAGGCGUAGCAAGAGAGGGGGAAAUAUGAAAAUCCCCCAAGCCCCCAUUUAAGGGGGGGGGGUGCAAAUGAGAGUUUUUUACAUUAAAAUAUUACGCAAAAUGCAAGGGCCCCUAAAUGAUGGCAAAUACCUAGUCACGCCCCUGCCUGAUAUUCUUUAAAAUACUUUGUUACUUUCCUUUUGCAUUAAGUUUUAUGUGGCUGAAGUUUAAUGUAUUAAAAACAAAUGUAAUAUUUUUUAAUAAUUAUAUUUAUAUUAGUAAUAUUUUUAAAGCAUUGUUAAUCCUCCUAUUUUUAAAUCAUUUCAUUUCACUGACAGAAUAUUUCAACAGUUUUCUUAUAAAAAUAAUUUUUUUUUUUUAUAAAAUUGAUCACCCAUUGUGUCAUCACAAUAAUAUUCUUGCGAUUAAGUCAAGAAGGUUGGUAGCCACGCAUUGAAUCAGAGUGAUUCAACAAAAUUAAAAAGAAAAAAAAAAGAAAGCACCAGGAGGUGCAAUAUGAACGGGGCAGGAAAAAUACGUGCGAGAGGGGGUGGGGAGAAUCACUAAAUAUGUAUUUAAAAAUUCUUAAUACAUCUAAUAGCAUAUCUACUUAUUUAUUUUGUUCCCCUUUCAGCAAUCUAAAAUUUAAAUUCAUUUAGCGUCUACAACAGCAAAAGAACUCCAUGAAUCAUUUGAAAAUAUAAUAUCCUAAGGAGUGGGGGCAUUAGCUAUAGAUCGCUGCAACCAUUACAACCAAUUCAACAUGAUACCACUAACCUCCUCUAUGAUGAAACCCAAAAAUAUGAAAAUUGAAACUGCGAAUUCCUUUUUUUUUUUA